AGAAAUUAAUGUCAACGGCCAAGACAAAAACGAGAAAUCAUAUAAAAAAGCUGCUUGGUUUUUAAACGUCGCGUGCGGGAAGGGGCACUGCUCCACCGGUGGCAACGAAUCGGGAGGGUCGACGGACAAAGGUAACAAUAUUCCUAGUUUUCAAAAUCUCAAACGAGAACAGGGCCCGAGGGACAACGAUGAGCGUUGCUGAUUCGGCUGGCAGCACCGAUACCGACAAAAAACCUCUUUACUUCGAUCUCCAUAGCGGGGCUAUUCUGCGCAACUUCCGGAGCUCUUGACCUAGCGGGCUCGAGAUUCUCAACUAGUUUUUUAUUUCAUGGGUCGAGCUGGGAAAGAUAGUUUCAUGGCAAAGCCGUUCGGAACCAUGUUGCUUGAUUGAAUCUCAAAGUUAUUGUUUUCUUCCUGAAAAUUUCUCCCUCGUUCGCAUCAUUGUGAUGUCUACUUUAAUUAAAAUGGGAGAAAAGAAUUCGCAGAAAUGAGUGAGUAAUUUCAAGCAUAGCUUAAUUCUAUGAACAUUUACCUUUGGUUGCACUGGCAUUGCUUUGUUGCUAUGCGAAGUUGGAGUUGUUUGCUUUCUCUUCUUCUUCUUCACCUCCCUUUAUCAGGGCGAUGAAUGCUUUAUUGGGGAACAUCAAAUUGAUCUCGGGUUGUCCUUGGUUUCCUACACUAUUCGUGAGUGUGCACUGUUAUUCCUUAGGGAGCAUCAAUUUUUGUUUCGUUGGUCUUAUUAACUCUCUCAUCCAUAUUGAAGCUUAAGCAUUGAAACCAGUAAUCUCUGCAAUUUGAUAGCAGUUUAGCCCAUAGAAUUGCAUGUAAUCUGUCAGCUAAAACAUAUAAUACCCCCAGAUAAAUGCAGAAAAAGAUUAUGAUUUUGUUGUAAUGCUUGUGAUUUUCGAACAGAAAUUAGAGGUUGCAUUAAUGUGGACUAGAAACACUCAAGAAGUCAAAUAAGAAGUUGGUCUUAGUCCUUUUGUCUAAGAAUGCAAGUUGGUUGGGUCACCAUGUUGAAAUUCUUGAGGGCAAAAUCUGUAAGGUAAUAAACAUGGCUGAAAAAGAAGUAUUGUCUUGAGAGUCUUCCCAGUUGUUGCACUUGCACACCUUGUUUUCCUAGAUUAUUAAUUAAAUAUGAAAUUUUGAAUACAGCACUGGACUACUGCUUAUCAAUUUUUUAUGCGCUGACCAUUUUAUUUGUGAGUCAUGACAGAUAUACCACGCUUUUAGGAAACUCAAAGCAGAUCAGACUAGACUAAAGCAGACUUUUGGGUUCGAGUCAUUUUGAGAGAAAUACUGUCAGGCCUGGAUCAAAAAUGGCUCCUGGAGUCAAUGCUUGCAAAGAAUUUCAAUCUCAUCUGACAAGUUCAGACUAUGACAUGGCCAAGUCCAAACACAAUGCUAAAAGUAAUAGUCCUCUUACAAAGUCUAAUGCUGACUUUGGUGGAAGACAUGGAAAUAAUUCGAAGAAUGGUGUUCAUGACUUACUUCAGUGCCCUAGUUGCAGGAAUUUGAUGUAUCCCCCAAUUUACCAGUGCCCAAAUGGCCACACUUUAUGUUCAAACUGUAAGACUAGAGUGCAUAACCGCUGUCCGACUUGUCACUUUGAUCUAGGAAACAUAAGAUGUUUAGCCCUGGAGAAGGUGGCUGAGUCAUUGGAACUUCCUUGCAGAUAUCAGAGUUUAGGUUGUCAUGAUAUAUUUGCCUGCUAUACCAAGCUUAAGCACGAGCAAAAUUGUAGAUUUCGUCCAUAUGGUUGCCCCUACGCUGGAUCUGAGUGCUCUGUGGUGGGCAAUAUUCCCACUCUUGUCAGCCAUCUCAAGGACGAUCAUAAUGUUGACAUGCAUGAUGGAUGUACAUUCAACCAUCGAUAUGUCAAAUCAAACCCUCAUGAAGUUGAAAAUGCAACAUGGAUGCUAACUGUUUUCAGUUGCUUUGGAAGACAUUUCUGCUUGCACUUUGAGGCUUUUCAGAUUGGCACAGCUCCAGUUUAUAUGGCUUUUUUACGAUUCAUGGGUGAUGAUGAUGAGGCAAAGAAGUUUAGCUAUAGCUUGGAAGUUGGUGCUAAUGGCCGCAGGCUGAUAUGGCAAGGAAUUCCGAGGAGCAUACGGGACAGUCAUAGGAGAGUUCGCGACAGUCAAGACGGGCUUAUUAUUCAAAGGCGGCUGGCCCUCUGUUUUUCUGGUGGGGAUGGACAGGAGCUGAAGUUGAGGAUUACUGGGCGUAUAUGGAAAGAAGAUUCACAAAUGUAAAUUAUUUUGUAUGUCUCUGUGAGUGUACAGAGCCACAAACGAUGAUCUUGUUAUUUAGCCCCUCUAGCAGAAAAUGAAGCUUUAUUUACCCCCA